CCACGGUCGUCGGCCACGAAGAGGUCCGCCAGUGCUGCACAGAGCCUCGCGCUAUAUCGAGCCGAAUUCUCUCUCUCUCGCUCCCUCUUCGAUUCGGUUCAGCCGUCUUCGUAGACGGGCGCCGUUCGCCUCGACGGUUUUUCCCCCCUUUCCGCGACUAUUUUCAUCGAGCUGUCGAUCGAUGACGGGCUUCCGGCUGUUCGAAGUUCCGGAACCAUCGGAAAACUGGCCAGGAACGGUGUGAUCGUCGGGCCAGGCUCGACGUGGAAGAGGAAGAGGAGGAACGGAUCAUGGGCAACACCACCACCAAGAGCCACUACUCGAAGAGCCUGGCUGUCGGCGGCACCUCCAGAAGACCGCGCUGGGAGGGAUCAGGUUAGACAACUUCUUCGAGCUUAGACAACCGCUUUAAUCGAGCCUCACCCCCCUCACCCCCUCCCGAGAACGUUCUCUGGGGGAUGAUCGAGGAUCGAGGACGUGUCAUCGACAUCUGCGAACGUCGCCAUCUUGGUCGGGAUUCGAUUUACGAUGCCAGGUUCGAAAUCCCUCCUUAGAGUGGGACCGUUGCGCGUCUUCGGAGAUUCGGAUCUCGAUGGUGUCGCCGUUGGUUUACGAUGGUGGUAUUGUUCUUGGACGAAACGGGGGGAUGUUUGUUCCAUGGGAUCGGAGUGUCCGGCGUGACUGGUGGGGUCUUCCAGCGCCACCAGGAAAACCUAUUUUAAUACCAGGAGCGGACGAGACUCAACCCGAUGUGGUCGGUAUUCGUUGGGAGAGGUCGCCAAGUAACGGUGGCUCGGCCAUUGUCGGCUACCUGGUCGAGCACAGAAGGCUCGGUUCACCGCAUUGGGUGCGCAGUACACCAGGGCUUUGCACCUUUCCGGAACUGACCUUGAGCGGCCUCGAGCCAGGAUGGCGCUACCAAUUCAGGGUCAGGGCGCAGAAUGCUAUAGGUCUCUCGCGGCCCAGCGAGAUCUCCGAUCCUCUAACGGUGACCUUGCAAAGGUCCGCCUCGUCAUCACCGUACUUCGAACUUGAGCUCAAGGACACGGUCAUCCUCGAAGGCGAACAGGCCGAAUUCGUGGUACGGUUCAGCGGGUCGCCGCUGCCGAAGAUUUCGUGGUUCAAGGAUGGCUUCGAAAUCUUCAGCAGUAGACGGACCAGGAUUAUCACCGACAGCGGCAGAAGCGUCCUUCUGAUCCACCAAACCGCUCUGAACGACGAGGGCGAAAUAAAGUGCACGGCCACCAACAGAGCCGGCCACGCUAGCACCAAGUCGAAAUUGGUUCUGGAAGCGCCCCCAAAAAUUCGGCUACCACGCCAGUACGAGGACGGUCUCCUUUUCGAACAGGACGAGACCAUCAGAUUGAAGGUGUCCUUGGCUGGGAGACCGCCGCCUAUGGUUUUCUGGUACCACGACGGGGAAUUGAUCCCCAACGACGAGAGGCACAUAUUCGAGACGAUGGACGGUGAAUCGGUGAUGAAGAUACCCGAUGCCAAACGCGUUGACAGGGGAGAGUACACUGUCAAAGCUGUGAAUAAACUUGGGGAGAACACGUCGUCGUUUCUCGUCACCGUUACAGAUCGACCUGCUGCUCCUGGAAAAGCAAUGGUAACGAUGACCCUGGGUAGAUCGGUGACAUUGUCGUGGAAGGAGCCAGAGGACGAUGGUGGGUGCAAGAUAGGCACCUAUAUUGUUGAGUACUACAGAAUUGGCUGGGACGUGUGGCUGAAGGCGAUCACCAGCAGGCAGACCAAAGCAACGUUGUCGGAGUUGAUCGAGGGAUCCGAGUACAAGUUUCGAGUAAAGGCUGAGAAUCCCUACGGUGUGAGCGAGCCAAGCGAAGAGAGUGACGUAAUCUUCAUUCCAGAUUUAAAAAGGGGUAUAAUGACACCUUCCUUGAGCGGGAAGUCGCAGAGCCAUCGGGAAAUCAGAUCGCGUGAGAAACGAGAAGUGAGCUUCGCAGUGCCAACUCAGAGAACCAGAAGCCUGACGAGAGAGGAGGCUCGCACCAGAGAUGACGACGAUGGACACUUCAGCCCAAGUAGUCGAUCGGUGUCCGCCCAGAGACUCAGCAGACCAUCCAGAGCAGACAGCAGGGUCACCUUUGCUCUAGACACGUUGGACAAGUCGGAUGCGGCACCUGUUCCUCCCGCUAGGUCGAAGGAUCAUUCCACUUCAAAGCACGAGAGUCGCGUUGAGAAUCAUGUCGACCGUUCAAGUAUCGACGUGAACGUAACCAGUAACGAGAACGUGAAUCUAUACAAGGAAAGUUCAGCUAUCUCGAGGGCCUCCACUACAGUCACCAUUUCGCCACCAGUAGUAGACGAUUCCAGCAGACGUUCAACAUACAGGGAAUCACGAUCACGAUCGGUGUCCAUAUCCAGGGAGCGUAGCAUGUCCCCCCUCUCCAUGCCUCAAAUUCAAGAAAAGUACGAAGAAGAAAGCUUGACUCGUUCCACCCGCGUUCUACGUCCAGCAGCCAGUUUAACCCUCACGAAGCAACAAGCGGUCGUCGACGAGCCAGAUCCACCCUUCGUCAAAAGUCUCUCAUUGGAGGACAAAUCAAGAUCACCAACCACCCCUAGAGAGGAUGACGAAACUGCAUUGCAUGGGAGCUCGGAGUUCAUGCUGGUCUUGUACCCUGACGACCAGGAUCAAGAUAAAAAACUCGUGGACAUCAGCGACAGGGAAAAAAUGACAAUUAAGAUCACAGGAGACGAAACAGAGGACAUGGAAGACCUCAUUCCACCACCCAUGUCGUUAUCGCUGCCAGAAUUAUUCAGCGCGGAACAUCAGGUGGUGGAGACCCUUCGAGAAGCUGUCAGCUCCACGGAGCUGCUUCACGAACGAGCUAUGGAGCGCUUCUAUCGAGCGGUGGCAGCCGAAGAGGCAUCCGAGGUCGCCAAGAAGAAGACGCAGGUCGAGAGAACAACGGGAGAAUUGGCGUCUACCUUGGAAGAGAACGCAGACCCUGAAGAGGCGCGAAUCUCGUUGCGACGACGAUUGUCCAACCCUGGCGUCACCGCUCAAAACUUGAUCUCCUGGCAGGCGAAGAAGAACCGCAGGAGAUCCAGCGAAAGCCAGGCAGACGCCAUCAAGGCACCCUUGAAGAUCUUAACCCCUAGCUUGAUGUCUACCGUGGAGGCAAGAUCGGAUCCAAACCUUCCUAGUGAACCAGAGACUCCAAUAGGCCAUAGCUGGGGGUUGGACAAAGAGGAGGACGCGGCUUCGCAACUGCGCAGGUGGCACGACAGCAACGUGCCAUUGGUUGAGGAGAAAGGGAAUGAAAAAUCCAUACCCUGGCAAGCCAGCUCCAACGAGGAAGCUCUGCCCAUCGAGGGGGUGGUGCAGACUCCGCCAAUCGCGCAAGCUGACGAAAAGCAGGAGGAAGAAGAAGAAGAGUUGGAGGAGAGCAUCGAGACUUCCGAGGAAUCCUCCGAGGAGAACAGCAGCGCAGAUAGCGAAGACCUGAAAUUGCUGAAGGCGAGGAUCCUCGCCAGACAAGUGCUGGAAGAAGAGGACACGUAUCAUCCUAGAGGAAAACCAGUUUUACACAUCGAAGUGGAACCACCACCGGUUCCACCUCACAAUGUACCGAUUCUAGACGUAACACCCUCUACACCGACUAAACCAAAUGCACCCUUGUCGCCAACUAACGUAGUUCCAAAGUCGAUCCUGAAGAAGCCUAAGGAAGAGCCCAUUCCUGUAAACAGUUUCGGUAGGCCGAUUCCGCCUGAGAAACCUAUUAGGAAGGUACCACCGCAGUCUGCCCAACCAAUGAUCAAGAGAGAGGAAGAUUUUCUUGAUAAGCAGACAGACAUUACCCCUGAACCAGUCACACACAGGACACCUGUACUGUCGGAAUCCGACACGGACAGCGUUCUGUCGGCAGGAGAGGCGGCCAAGAAUCGCAGAAUACAUGCGAAAACGCGACCAGCAGCGUCCGAAGAGGAGGUCGACGAAGAGGACAUCGAGGCGCGUAUGGCAGUAGUGAACCAUUACACCGAAAUCGUCAGAGAGCACUCGAGUCGAUACAAUUACAGAAGCUCGGAGGAAAGGAAACUGGGUGACAGUUUGGCCAGCUCUCGAAGGUCGUCGUUUUCGGAGGAUCAGGACGCAAAGGAUCACGUAGCCAAAGAUCGACAAGAAACGGUGAUCCUUGCGAAAUCAAAUAAGAAGCAAGAUGUACGAGAAGCUGAACCGAGUCAACGAACGAAGGUUAGAAAGGAAAGAGAAGUUGUCAAACAGGAGAAGCAAAGUCAACGGCCUAAGAGAAGCACCUCGGGGUCUCGGGGUACGACUCCUGCGCGUGACACAAAAUCUGUGAAGGAGAAACGAUCAAGUCGACCGCCAUCUAGGACCGAAUCUCCAACGCCAAGGUCGAGGAACGUGUCCAUUGAAAGGGGUGCUUCCUCUAGAUCGUCCUCGAAGACCAGAGUCCGUGCUCCUUCUCAAGACAGGAGACCUCCCUCCAGAACAGGCUCCGAGGAACAACGCUACGUCAGAGAAAAGUCCGUCGAAGAAAGAAGUCGAAGGUCGAGGAAGCCCUCUUCUAGGACACAUUCGAGGUCCAGCUCCAGAGACAGAAACAGACCAGAGACGCCAGUAGGGUUGAAGAUGGAACGUCUCCAAAAGGCUCUGGAAAGCAAAAAGUAUCGUCCUUUGCGGCGUGGAUCUGCAAUCGAGAGAGAAUAUUCUGAAGAGCGCGUGCCAAGUCGAUUGAACGAAGGACAGCUAGCGUUGGAGGCUGAGAAAAAUGUCAGAUUCACGGUGGGGUACGUCACGGAUCUGACGUUGCUGAUGGCCGCCGUUUACGUCUACAUUUUCAAGAAAGAAACCCUUGCCAUCCCCUUCAUCGCGCUUCUUCUGUAUAGGAGGAUCCAGCACGAGAUACGCGGACGAGUGUCCCGAGGCUGGUGGUGGUCCAAACGAAAACAAUGACAUUUUUCAUGGUUAUUCUUAGAUUAGGAGAUUUAUCGCGGUACGAUGACGAUAUUCGGAUGCAGUACGAUAGUGCCUGACUGUAUGCGAAGGAAUCAUCCCAAUUAAUGUUCAUGUUCAUUAAAAUAGGUGUGAAAAUAAAACUCGAUUGGGCGAACUUCAAAACUGAGCUGCGUGCGUAUUGGCGUGGUAGUCACAAUGCAAACCAAAAACAUUUAUGCUUCUCGUAGUAUUUACAUGAGAGUUUGAUCGAUGGAUUGAAGAGGAUUUCUUGAUUAAAAUAAAACCAAAUCAUUACUUUUUUCCUUUUUAAAGAAAUUAAAUAAUGUUUUGCAGUUUGUACUUAAGAAUAAUGUGGAAAAAAUCCUUUUUACCAUAUACAUAGCGCGUUUUAAAAUCUCUGGCCACGUUUUGACUAUUAAUGAAGGAUUAAUUAAAACCUUAGUUGUUGUACACUCAACGUUUAGCAUAAAUGUAAUAUUAAUUAACAUUUUGAUGAAAAUAUUAUUUUAUUUGUGUAAUUACCAAUUGUGUAACCUCCAAUUACAGUAAUGUGUCAAAAAGUAUUCAGGAUGUAGAAUUAAUUAUAAAUUCUUCCAAUCAUUCCAGAAAAAAACUCACAACAUAGUAACAAUUAACAAUACUUCGAAUAAGGAGUUGUUAAGAUCUGUUUUCAUCAGGGAACACUAUUAAUCUCAUUUAUAAUACUCUGAUAGUACAACGAGAAAUAUGAAAACUUUCACACUGAUGGUGUGCGGCACCACUUUGAAGUUUAUCAACCGAGCACCUACUCAUUCUUAGAUUACCUUGUUGAACGCUAUAUAUCGAAUCGAAAUAAUGCUAAUAAUAAUGAUCAAUAUAAAUGUUUCUUCGAACAA